GACGUCGAUAUCUAGAAUUCCGACAGCAAAGCUACCAUGACAUUGAGAUCUACACAGGAAUUAUCCGUCGUAAGUAUCAAUACAUUUCCGAGUGGUCAAUAUAGGUUUCGGAUCCGUAUCUACACAUCCCCAAAUCUACGAUCGUGCUUAUGGCACAAACGAAAGCUCAUUGGAGGCGAAUCCGGCCCGCAUGUCCGCUCUCCAGAUGCAGACACGUCUCAACAGAGUAUUCAUCACCAUGGGCUUUCAAUGCAGUCUUAUGGGAGAUUUCGAAGAAGGGCGUGACAAUACCACCUAGAUGAAUACACUACACUACCUAGGCGAGAUCUCUGCAUAUUGCCUCCUGAUAUUCAUUUCAAGCUGAAAUUUUGGCGAGGAUGGGUAGCAUUUGCUGGAGUUGAUAGAACUUCUUUACUUUUUUCUUUCUCCACUAGGAUUUCUUGCAUUCUGCCAGUAUGGCAAGGCAAUUUCCGUUAGUGUCUGUCACAAAAACCAUUGCAGCAACUCGUCUUACCUUCCUAACCUGUAAGAAAAUCGCUGAGCCGGUCCGCUCAUACCGUUGUUGCCAUUGGAUUGACAGUUGCUUCUUGCCCAAGACUGAGCAAAAUUGUCAUUGAUCUGAUAGAAGCUUAUUUUCACAAGGACCAGUCGCACCAACAAUCCCUUGCAAGAUGUGCAGGGUUGUAAGGAUGGCACCAGCCUGUAGCGAACCUUACUUACACCAAAUGCAUAUUAAAUUCUAUUUCAGCCAUUUUCAUGCAUGGGACAAGUGUAUCCAUGCCUUUAUUCGUAAUAUUUUAUAACGUCUUAUCUAAUUCCCUGUGCGGCGCAUGGGAAAGUCAUCCGCAGAGCACCGGUUAUGAGGAAUAUUAAUUGAAACCAGCUGAUCGGGUGUCGGUCUCUGGAAAGAUUGAUACCGAGUUGAUGUGCAAUGUAGGUUGCUUCUCGCGCGCUACUCUAGCGUCGAGCUCUAUAAGACAUCUCUUGGUUCCUUUCCGUCAAGCCAUCUUAACUCUUCUUUGAUAUCCGGAGAAUUCAUUGUUCAUUAGACACGCGGCACAAUCCCUCUGCCUCGCCGCACGCUAGCAUCAAUCAAUUCUUCAUCCAUUCGUUGAUAUCUAAGAGCACUUUAUUAUACAAUCAUCCAUUUUAAUAAAUCCCCUUCAACCGUUUAACUGAAACGUCAAAAUGUCAGAAUCACCAGACAGUCAGAUCUCUGAUCCUAUAUUUGACAGGUUCGAAGAAGGGUCGGAUAUCCUCUCGAGUAGGGAUACAAUUGCAACACCAAACUCCGAAAUGACCCCUCCCGAAAGUCCUGUGGAAAAGCACGCUAUACUUGAUCCUCGAACUAAAUCUCGUCAGUUGGCCGCGUCCUUGUCGCUCGAAGAGCAGGUCUCUCUACUAGUGGCUGCAGAUUUCUGGAGAUCAAAAUCAAUACCUUCCAAAGGCGUACCAGCAUUCAAGACAUCCGAUGGCCCAAAUGGUGCUCGUGGAGCCAUUUUCAAGGCUGGAACAAAGGCCGCAUUAUUUCCAUGCGGUAUUUCACUAGCAGCAACAUGGAACACCGAUCUUAUUCAUGAAGUUGGACAACACCUCGCAGAUGAAACGAAAGCUCGAUCUGCUCAGGUUUUAUUGGCACCGACAGUCUGUUUACAUCGCGGUCCAUUGGGGGGAAGAAAUUUCGAGUCUUUCUCAGAAGAUCCUUACCUGACGGGAAAGCUCGCUAUCGCUUACAUCAAGGGGUUGCAGGAGAAGGGUAUUGCUGCAACAAUAAAACAUUUCGUUGCCAAUGAGCAAGAGACAUUCAGAUUAACCAUUGAUUCUGUUGUGCAAGAAAGGCCUCUACGAGAAUUAUAUUUACGACCUUUCGAGAUGGCCAUUCGGGAAGCUAAUCCUUGGGCUGUCAUGUCUUCCUAUAAUCUGAUUAAUGGUGUUCAUGCAGAUUGUAAUUUCCACACGCUGAGGGAAAUCUUAAGGGAAGAGUGGAGCUAUGAUGGUUUGGUCAUGUCCGAUUGGGGUGGAACGAACUCAAUUGUGGAGUCCAUCGAAGCAGGUUGCGACAUAGAAAUGCCAGUCUCAACGAAAUGGCGUGGCGCAAAGGCGAUCGAAGCAGUCAAAAAUGGUGAACUAAGCCGAGAGGCUGUUGAGAAGGCCGCUGCAAACGUACUAUAUCUCGUUGAACGAACAAAGGGAUCAGAUAUGACACCCGAAGCCCCUGAAGCUGAGGACGAUAGAGAAGAAACUAGAAAAUUGAUUCGCCGGGCGGGGGUAGAAGGAUUGACCCUACUCAAAAACAAAGAUAAUAUCCUACCAAUCAAAUCCUCCCAAACAAAAGUUGCCGUCAUAGGACCAAAUGCCAAUCGCGCAAUUGCAGGAGGUGGAGGUAGUGCUAGUUUAAAUCCUUACUACAACACCAUACCCCUCGAUAGCAUCAAAGCAAUCCCCGGAAUAGAUGUCACUUACGCCUUGGGUUGCCACACCUACAAAUGGCUUCCUCUAGCAGCAGACUACUGUACCACUUCCACCGGCGCCCAAGGCGUAACUCUCGAAUUUCACAUUGGCGAUAAAUUUGAAGGAGCUCCUCGAAUAAUUCAACACCGCACCAACACAGAUCUCUUCCUCUGGGAUUCGGUUCCAGAAGAGGUAAAUCCAAUCUGGUCCGUCCGCGCAAAAACCAUACUGACACCUACCACCACGGGCUUACACACCCUCUCCUUCUCAAGUGUCGGUCCUGGAAGACUUCUUGUAAAUGGAGAUGUCAAAGUCGAUUUGUGGAAUUGGACGGAUCUGGGGGAAGCUAUGUUCUCGGGAUCAAAAGACAUUCUCUUUGAUAUCUUUCUCGAAGCCAAUGUUCCGGUGCAAUUGGUCGCUGAAACAACAAAUGAAAUUCGGCCAUUGUCCAAACAAGCACAAGUUAACCAAACCCAUGCAACCGGCGGUUGUCGUAUUGGUUACAAAGAGGCGGAUGCUGAGAAUUAUUUGCAAAAAGCUAUUGAUGCGGCAAAGUCCUCCGAUGUAGCAAUUGUAAUCGUAGGGUUAGAUGCGGAGUGGGAAAGUGAGGGCUAUGAUCGUCAGACUAUGGAUUUACCGAGUGACGGAAGUCAGGAUCGAUUAAUUGAUGCAAUUGUGGACGCGAACCCAAACACAAUUGUGGUUAAUCAAUCUGGAAGUCCUGUAACGAUGCCUUGGGCAAAGAAGGUUCCAGCAAUCUUGCAAGCGUGGUACCAGGGGCAAGAAGCUGGAAAUGCAUUGGCUGAUGUCCUUUUCGGAUUCGAAAACCCUAGUGGAAAACUACCUACAACCUUCCCAGUCCGCCUGUCAGAUAACCCAACCUACCACACCUGGCCAGGCGAAAACCUCCGUUCUCUCUAUGGCGAAGGUCUCUACAUCGGUUAUCGCCAUUACGAUCAUCUGUCUCUCCCCCCUCUCUUCCCUUUCGGUCACGGUCUCUCUUACACUACGUUUUCUUAUUCCGCUCCUACUCUCUCCUCCCAAACGUUCUCUUCCUCAAAUCAAGACAGAAUCACCUUAAGUCUCAACAUCAAAAAUACAGGACCUAGAAAAGGAAAGGAAAUAGUACAACUUUAUAUCCACGAUGUGAAGAGCAGUCUAGUUCGACCGGAAAAGGAACUGAAGGGGUUCGCGAAGGUAGAGCUUGAGGCUGGAGAAGAAAAAAGCGUUGAUAUUGUAAUUGACAAAUACGCAUUGGGAUACUGGGAUGAAUCGUUGAGAAAUGGGAAAGGGCUGUGGAUUGCUGAGGAGGGCGAAUUUGAGGCUUGGGUUGGCGCUAGUGCAGAAGAUAUCAGACAAAAAACCUCGUUUGAGGUCAAGGAGUCUUUUACUUGGAUUUUCUAAUUGGGUCGUAUCGGAUGGGGAGAUAUACGAGGGAAACGUGACAGAAGAGAGAGGAAGGAAAGAAGAAUCCAAUCGAUAGUAGAAUAUCUACAAAUGGUAGAAUGGCAGAAGUAUAAGGAGUUGGAAGAGAGCAAAUAUGGAAGAAGACUGGAAAGGGAGUUUUUUUCAGUUUAUUCCCAAGUUUUAUGCAUGCAAUAGCGCAUAAUUACAGGUUCAAUCGGCUUUUUUUCAAACACAAUGCAAUUAAUUACUAGCA